AUGGUUCCAGCUAUGCAAGAGCUGCAGCCGCUCCAAGUUCCAGUUCUUCGUUUGCGUUUACACCUGCUCAAUAUCAACAAUUUCAAUUUCUUCAACAACAACAUCAAGCACAACAACUGUUUCAGCAACAACAGCAACAACAGCAACCGCAACAGCAGUUUCUGCAGCAGCAGCAGCAGCAGACUUCUCUUGCUGGUCGUGUCUUUCAAGCACCAAACCUUUUAAGCAAAACACAGAUAAAGACAACUGUACCUU